AUGGCGGUACAGGCAUUAUGCGACCAUCUUGUAGCAGCAAACGAAAGCGCACAUCUGUCAAAUCCAUCCCUGCUGCAGGAAUUGGUAGCGAAACUACCCGCUGAUCAAAAGAUGAUGUGGGCGGGAUACAAACGAGGAUUCCCUCACGUCAACCUGAAAACCUUUGGCGACUAUAUGACAUCGGUGGUCCAAGAUGCAACAAGUGUUGUUACGUUUGAACCGGAGGGGAAGCGGAACUAUACUCGCGACCAUUCUAAAGGCAAAGGAUUCAUCAACUCCCAUUUGCAGGAAACAUCCAGCAGAAGUGAACUUUCAUCAGGUGUGCUGAACUACGCACCGAAGCAAUUCAACUGCUCGCAUUGCAACCAGAGUGAUCAUCGAGUACGCGAUUGCGUGGCCUUCAAACAACUGAAUGUCGACGAUCGGUGGAGAAGAAUUCGUGCCCUAGGUCUUUGUCAAAGCUGUCUCUUCAACCAUGGUCGGCGAGCAUGUCGGGGAAGAAAAGUAUGUGAAAUCGAGGGCUGUCAAUUCCGACAUCAUCAACUUCUACAUUCAUCCAGGGGACCCCCGAAACAUUAUAAUCCGCGCCCACAAAUAGCCGAUAAUCACACCCAUCGCCUCUCGACUUCAGCAACGCUGUUUAGAAUAAUCCCGGUAACGUUACACGGAAGUCGUGGAUCAAUAAGCACCUUCGCCUUUCUCGAUGAGGGCUCUGAUCUCACGCUCGUUGAGAGCGACCUGAUAGCUUCGCUGGGAUUACACGGCAACCCUCUUCCGCUAUGUCUCCGGUGGACGGGAAACACCUCUCGUAUGGAAGAGGAGUCGCAGCAGAUUACUAUUGAGAUUGCGGGUAUCGGACAGAGGAAAAGACACAAGUUAGUUAAUGCGAGAACCGUGGCCAAUCUUGGUCUUCCUUGUCAAAGCUUCCAGGUGAAAGAUGUGGACGAUAGACAUCCACACUUGAAAGGGAUUCCUAUACGUAGCUACCAAAACGCCCGACCGAAGAUCCUCAUCGGCAUCGACAAUCUACGACUUGCACUACCGUUGAAAGUUAGAGAAGGUGGUGGAAAUGGCCCGGUGGCGGUGAAGACCAGGCUUGGUUGGUGUGUGUACGGGCCACGAGGGAACAACGGAAGUGAAUCCUUCAGUUUCCACGUGUGUGAAUGUUCCUGUGAUGCAAAUCUUCACGAAUCAGUGAAGCAGUUCUUCGCCAUAGAAGGUGCUGGAAUAAAUUCUCCGGAAAUCCCGUUGAAUAAAGAGGAUGAACGGGCGCUAACCAUCAUGGAAGCUACAACUCAGCGAGUAGGAAUCCGCUUCGAAACGGGACUGAUCUGGAGAAAGGACGAGGUAGAAUUCCCGAACAGCUACGCUAUGGCUGUGCGUCGGCUCGAAUGCCUAGAACGUCGCAUGAAUCGGGACGAGGCUCUGAAAGAAAACAUGCAUAGGCAAAUUCGCGAGUAUGAAGCGAAGGGUUAUGCGCACAAAGCCACAGAAGUUGAAAUGGAAGCAGCAGACCCAAGAAGAGUGUGGUACCUACCAGUUGGAGUCGUAACAAACCCUAAGAAACCGGGAAAAGUCCGUGUCAUAUGGGACGCUGCAGCGAAAGUCAAUGGCGUAUCACUGAAUACAGCCCUUCUCAAGGGCCCAGAUCAAUUGUCUUCCCUUCCGGCAAUUCUCUUUCGUUUCCGACUAUACGGGGUGGCGGUUAGCUCAGACAUCCAGGAGAUGUUCCACCAAAUCCAGAUUCGGCCAGAAGAUAGGAACUCGCAGCGCUUCUUGUGGCGGACGAAGUCAUCUGAAAAACCAACCGUGUAUCUGAUGGAUGUCGCGACAUUCGGUAGCACCUGUUCACCAGCGUCUGCACAAUUUGUUAAAAACCGAAACGCGGAACAGCACCGUGAACUCUAUCCCGAAGCAGCGAAGGCGAUUGUCAACGACCACUACGUCGAUGAUUACUUGGCGAGCUUUGGCUCGGAAGACGAGGCAGCAAAAGUAGCUUGUGACGUUCGCCUAGUACACGGUAAUGGAGGAUUCAAAUUGCAUAACUGGCGAUCGAACAGCGAUGUAGUGCUAGAACGUUUGGGUGAAGAGCAGACAGAGACAGAUAAACAAAUAAACCUGAUCGAUGGUGUUAAACAGGAAAGAGUACUCGGGAUGCUGUGGAGUCCUUCGACCGAUGAGCUGAGUUUUCCGACACAGAUGAGUGAAGAAGUGACAACUAUAAUUCGUACUGCCACGCCGCCGACGAAAAGGCAAGUGCUGCGAUGUGUUAUGUCAUUGUUUGACCCAUUGGGGCUUCUUUCACCGUUUAUUAUUCAUGGGAAAGUGCUCAUCCAAGACUUGUGGAGGAAAGGCACGGGCUGGGACGAACGAGUUUGUACAGACGUCUACAUUAAGUGGCAACGAUGGGUGCGGAUGAUCGAAUUCAUCGCCAAGAUACGGAUAACCAGAUGCUAUUUUCGCCACGCCAAUGAAAGAACCUACUAUAAUUCCGAAAUGCAUGUAUUCGUCGACGCCAGUGAAGUGGCUUACUCAUGUGCCAUCUAUCUACGCACGAUCGAAGGAGGUAGUGAUCCGCGAUGCUGCCUAAUUGCUGCCAAGUCGAAGGUCGCGCCUUUGAAACCUUGGUCUAUUCCCAGAUUAGAGUUGCAGGGAUGCAUUUUGGGAGUACGAUGGUCGCGAUUCGUUAAGGAAAAUCACGGGGUUCCCUUUUCCAAGAUUGUCUAUUGGUCGGAUUCCAAAACUGCGCUGGCCUGGAUUCAAGCUGACCCGCGGAACUAUCGACAGUUCGUGUCGUUACGGGUGGGAGAGAUUCUGGAGCACACGACGGCAAGCGAUUGGCGAUGGGUGCCUUCGAAGUUAAACCCGGCAGAUGAAGCAACCAAAUGGGACAGUGGCCCAUAUUUUGACCGCAACAGCAAAUGGUUCCAUGGACCCGAAUUUCUGCGACUACCGGAACCAGAGUGGCCUUAUUCCAAAGAUCUAGUAACCGCUACUACUACCGAAGAGAUGCGCGCAUCGAUUCUCCAUCACUGUUCGUUUGAGCCACCGAUAAACUUCGACAGAUUCUCCUCAUGGAAUCGUCUACAACGGACAAUCGCUUAUGCACUUCGCUUUCUUCACAAUUCGGCCAAAAGAGAGCCGAAAUACGCCGGACACUUACAACAAGAAGAACUUCGAGCAGCAGAGAGAACUAUCUUCGUACUGGUUCAGCGUGAAUCCUAUCCCGAUGAGAUUAUGGCGCUCUCCAACAAAGCGCCAAAAACAACAGGACAGCAGGUUAUUGAGAAGCACAGUUCUAUCUAUCGAUUAGUACCCAUGUUGGACAACGCCGGUAUACUACGUGAACGCGGACGGAUCGGUGCCGCUGAAGGCAUCUGUUUUGAAGUACGCCAUCCCGUAAUCCUCCCACGGAAACACCGAGUUACGGAAUUGCUGGUGCUUCGAUACCAUCAACUGUACUGCCACGCUAACUCAGAAACUGUAGUGAACGAGAUACGUCAACUAUACGCGAUCCCGAGACUCCGUCUAGUCGUGAAGAAAGUCAGUCGUUGCUGCGUUCUCUGUAAAAUCCGACGAGCAAAGCCACAAAUUCCACCAAUGGCACCUCUGCCUUCGGCGCGCCUAGCGCAUCAUCAACGAGCGUUCACAUACACCGGAGUAGACUACUUUGGACCACUUGUAGUUAAACUUGGAAGAUCGAACGUCAAACGGUGGAUAGCCCUAUUCACUUGCCUAACGGUACGGGCGGUUCAUCUUGAAGUCGCUUACACGUUGUCAACGGAAUCCUGUAUUUCCUGUGUUCGUCGCUUCGUAGGUCGUCGUGGAUCUCCAGCCGUAUUUUUCAGCGACAAUGGUACCAAUUUUCAAGGCGCUGAACGUGUCCUACGCCAUCAAAUUAGCCAGGGACUAUCCGCCACGUUUACUGGAGUCGACACGAAGUGGAGCUUCAUUCCUCCCGGAGCACCGCACAUGGGAGGAGCAUGGGAGCGCUUGGUGCAGUCAGUAAAGGCUGCUAUGAGAGAGGCAUAUGCGGAGGGGAAGCUAGAUGAUGAAGGGCUACAGACGUUGGUCGUGGAGGCAGAGAAGAUAGUCAACUCAAGGCCUCUGACGUAUCUGCCAUUAGAAUCCGAAGAAGCAGAGGCGCUUACACCAAACCACUUCCUGCUACUGAGUUCGGAUGGGACAAAAAAUGCAGACGAGUUCGCUAGUGGGUACCCCGACUAUCCAAUCCCAUACCGUAUCUUGGGAAAUUCAUACGUACUGAUCCAACGUCAACUGGACGCCUUCUGGAAGCGAUGGCUGACCGAAUACUUGCCGAUAAUUCGCCGGCAAUCGAAAUGGUUCGCUGAAACUCGGAUACUAGCUCCUGGAGAUCUGGUAAUGGUUGCAGAACCCGCGAAGCGGAAUGGAUGGGAACGAGGGCGAAUCGUACGUUUGAUCUCCAACCCAGACGGUAGACAACGACAGGCACUAGUGAAGAUUGGAGAUAAGGUUCUUAGAAGACCGGUGUCACGUUUAGCUCUGCUUGACCUGGAAGAAGUUUGUGAGACUCCGGAAGCAUCCGGACCACACCGGGGGGAGACUGUUGACACAGAAACCGGUCAGCAGGCCAUCCCUAUCCACCGUCUCUGA